CACACUAAACGAGAUGCUGGCUCGCAAUGCCGCUAUGAAAACUAUUCGGAUGGAGUAUGAGAGGUAUCUGGAGAAAAACUUCCCCCGCUGGCAGCAGCAACUUCAGGAGAAGACACAGAUGGCUGAGAAGAAGAAGAUGGAAGACUAUUUGAGGUCAUAUCUAAAGGAAACAGAACAAGAACGGAUGCCAAUGUCCACAGAAGAUGAGCCUUUACUUUUACAAAGUACCCCUAUAAGACCACAAAAAAACAUUCCUCAAGCGUAUUCCACUCAAGAGUAUUCUGAUUAUAACCAAGAUAGGUCCUCCCAAUAUCCUAACCUACAGUCCUCCUGGUUGACCCACACUCAGUCCCAGACUGGUAGGUUUCCUGUCAGGGUGCUUGGUCAAACCCACCUUCACCCAUUUAGCCAUCAUCUUGCCUCAACGGGGGUUCUUCAUCACCCACAGUCCAGGCAGGAUGCAGCAUAUUGGGAUCCCUCAGAUCACAACUAUCCCUGGCCACGGGCUGCGGGGAUCCCACCAGGAUCCUGGGGCCAGCUCUACUCAGAGGAACCUCGUUUUGAUUCGAGGGUUUCGGAGACUGGAAAACAGGAGGGUGAAAUAAGCAGAGCACCGAGCUCAAAAGGGGAAAGAGGUGGUGGACGCAGCAGUAGUCGUUUGUCCCCGGAGCUGGACAUUAAACCAGUUCGUCUGCCCAGUGCUCAUGGAGCGAGCAGCGGGAGCAGCAGAGAUUCCAGCGUGACCUCUUCCCGAGAGAAGAGGAAGAAAAGGGAGAAGAGAGAAAGAACACAGCAUUCCUCUUCAGACAGCGAAAGAUGUGUCUCUCAGGAGUUAUCCAGAACUUCUAGUGAAAUUGUCAUUGCAUCAGUGGCAGUAGCCCAAAGCGCAAUGACAGAGACCUCAGAGGAAGAACACACCAGAAGCAGUAGGAGGUCAAAGAGAGAUGAGGGUCUCACUGCUGGAUCACCAAAAUUAAAGAAAGCGGUUAAGGAACAGACAAUGAAUUACAAUAAAGAGAGUCAGCCUGCUGGUGAAGAGCCUGGAAGUUCCAGUGAGGAAUCCAUGAAGAAAAAAGCAGGGAAUCAAAGGCAUAAUGAAAACAAAGAGAGCUGCAGAGAGGAGCAGGGAUCAGGAAGCAAUGGUGUAAAAAAAGAAAAUAGGUUUAAAGUUGAAACAGAAAAGCAGGAGAAGAGCAGCUCUGAGCAAAGCAGUACAGAAGAAAAUGAUGAAGAAGAAAGAAGGAAACCUCCUGGAGACGGAGAGAAUGACAAAAAAGAGAGUGAGAAUAAUGAAAGUGAUGAAGAAAGUGAUGACAAUGAGGUUUCUGCAAAAAUAAAUACAACAGAAGAAGAAGUGGGAACAGCAGAAGAGGACGAAGAUGAUCAGGGAGAUGAUGAAGAGCCAAACAAGCUGAAAAACAACGAUGCAGAGAUCAGAAAACAAGAUGAAGAUGGGGAUGGAAGUGAAGGCAGCGAGGGCAAGAAAGAAGAUGAGGAAGAUGGGGAGAGUGAGGAUGAGGAGCAGAGGAGUGAAAAAGAAGAAGAGAAUACAGAUUCAGAAGACGACAUCAUCUCACCACAGGAAAAGAGGCCUAAGCAGAUGCAGAUUAUUCCUGAGGAUGGAACAGAGGAGGAUGAGGAUGAUGAAGAGUGUAAAGAGGGAUCCUCAAAUAAUGACUCAAAUGAAGACAGCGAUGAAGACGAUGUUGAAAAUCUUCUUGCACCUCAGGACCAAUCAAAGACAGAAGAAGAAAAUGGAAAAGCUGAUGGGAAUCCCAAAGCGAGUUGUCACGUGGACAUCUUCCAAGUGGUGGACGCCAGGUCGAAGACCGAGCACCUCAGUGACUCCGAUGAAUUUGAUCACUUUUACGACUAAAUGGGUUGU